GGCUAGGUUGAAUUGACCUUGCCCAUAAAAGAAUUCAAGACUUGAGACUGGCGUGUUGCGGUGCAGUGUUCCUUUAAAGGCGGUGCACUCUGCAGUGUCGUCAUUGCGCAGAACACUUUUGAACCAAAAAGCGGAGUGACCUUCCUUCGCUCUCAGUCUGAGAGGGGCAGCAGUCAAGCGAGAAGCCGGCCACAGCUCACGAAGCCCCCAUUCCCCUCACUGCUCAAACCUCAGAAAUGAACAACAACCUGGUCGGCGAUGAAGUCGGAAAAUUAUUUGUUGGUGGCCUAGACUGGAGCACCACACAAGAAACCCUUAGAAACUACUUUUCACAAUAUGGGGAAGUCGUGGAUUGUGUUAUAAUGAAGGACAAAACAACAAAUCAGUCGCGAGGCUUUGGUUUUGUCAAAUUCAAAGACCCCAAUUGUGUACGGACAGUGCUGGAGACAAAGCCGCAUAAUUUAGACGGCAGAAAUAUUGACCCGAAGCCAUGCACUCCCCGAGGAAUGCAACCUGAAAAGUCUCGAACUAAGGAAGGCUGGGGCAGCAAAGCCGAUAGCAAUAAAUCAAAGAAGAUAUUUGUAGGUGGAAUCCCCCAUAACUGUGGCGAGCCUGAACUCAGGGACUAUUUCAAUAGGUUCGGAGUGGUCACAGAGGUGGUAAUGAUCUAUGAUGCGGAGAAGCAGAGGCCCCGAGGUUUUGGAUUUAUUACUUUCGAGGCCGAACAAUCAGUGGACCAGGCUGUCAACAUGCAUUUUCACGACAUCAUGGGCAAAAAAGUUGAAGUAAAGAAGGCAGAACCGCGUGACAAUAAACCACCUGGCCAGCUAGCCCCAGGGCAGUGGGCACCCAGGACCAUCUUGAGUACUGCUAACGGUUGGCCAGCACAGCCUGCCCAGGGUUGGCAACAGCCUUAUGGGCCACAGGGCAUUUGGGUUUCCACUACUGGUCAACCUAUAGGUGGAUAUGGACCUCCAUUAACAGCAGGCCGGGGAACCCCCACACAGCCUCCUUCGCCUUUUAGUGCAUUCCUGGUGACUACCCCAGCUGGUAGCUUUGCUGCACCUCAGGCCUACCCUCCACAGGGCUUCAGCACAGCACCUCAGUUUGGUUACAGUUUUGGCACUCCUCAAGCGGAACAGUAUAUUCAGCAGGUUCCUCCUCCACCAACUACUCCAGGAACUGCAACGUUGGGCUUUGCUCCCACCACUACACCAACUCAGGACUUGAGCAAAGCUUCCUCUGGACAGCCUGACUUUCCGUAUAGCCAGUAUGGCUUGGGUAACUACCCUCAGGACCCCUCUGCCUACGGACCAACGCGUCCUCACACUUAUGGUCAGGAUUAUCAGGGAGGAUGUAGAUCAGGCUACGCUCAGGACCUGAGUGCGUACAGCCACACCUUUGCAGACCCGUGUCAGACAACAGCCUCAUAUGGCUCAGCACAGCACCCCACGGCUCCACAGUCAGCUGCCAGCGCGUUUGGGAGGGGGCAGAACCACAACGUACAAGGAUUCCACCCGUAUCGACGUUGACUGUAACUUUGGGACAAAGAUGUUAUGUAAAAUCCUAAAGAAAAAUAAUGUUCGGGGGGGAAAGUUUUGGUGGAUUGUUCUACGGAUUACAGUACUUCAAAUGCACAUCGUGGAAUGGAAAUGUUGAUGAAAGUAGGUCUUCCAGUUUGGUCAAAAGAGUUGUAAAAAUAUUUUUCUUGACCCAGUUCAAGGAAAAAUUCGUCAGAAAGAUGCUUUUAUUGUUAUUCCAAAAUGUUUUAUAGUAGACCUAAAACUACUUUGCAAUAAUUUUGAUUGUCUUGUUGAACACUAGCACAUAGUCUAUAUGGAAAGAAACUUGCAUAUAAAUAUGUAUAUUUAUGGUUGACACAAAUGAAAACAGGGUUUUGCAUUUCCCCAGCUUUAAAUUCUAGGGAAAUAGUUUUUAUUUGGUCAAUAUUGUUUACUUUCUGAGCCUUUCAAGUUUGUUUGAAAUUGAGAUUAUAGAUAUAUAUUAUACACAAACUGUGCAAUUUUUUAAAAAGGACUUUUGUACUAAAAUGUACACUUUGCUUUUUUUGGGGUUUUUUUUUUUUUUAUUUGAAGAUGUAGACUUCCCUCAGGUGGCAGUUUUGGGUGCGUUUUGCACUUAUGCAAAAAGGACAAAUUAUUA